CAAAAAGAACUACUUCAUAUCACGAUGGAUUUGAGGCACAGGGGGAUAUGAAAGGAGGCCCUCCCAUGCUGAUCAUGAUCCUGAUUUACGAGCAUUGAGCGUGACUUGUUCUGGAAGGAAAAGAGUUGCGCUAACAAAAUGGCUACCGAGGUACAACAUGUCCCUGACGAGGAGGAGGGAACCGCGCCUUCUGUGAGUGCCGUUGGCGACGAACAGGCAUUGGGCGACAUGAGCGCCAUCAUGUUCUCUGUAGACGGCGGUGCACCAGAAGACAGUGACGAAGCGGGCGUACCUCCAGAUGAUGAUGAGGGUGCAGAAGAUGCUGAGGAUCGCCAGGAUCUCCUUUUGUCUUUCGCUAGUGGCGUAGGGGCGACGCAUGGAAGUCUAAAGCACCUUGCGAAAUUGGAGAAGGAGCAAAAAGAAAAGUUACAGAUCUUACACAAUCGGAUUCAGCGUCUGACAAACCAGGAAGGACAAUGUUGGCGAGAAAUCAGCAAGACGCAGGUAGUAGCAGAAAAAACUGAGCAAGCCGAUGUUGUGCGCGAAGAAAGGGUUCUCAAUUCAUCCCAGCUUUACGACGACAUCGUGACCAUGCUCGAGGGAAAGAGAGCUAUGGUAACAUGGAUAUAUGUGAUCCCUUGCAACCACUAUGCUGGUGAGAGUCUGAGAAUUGUAACCUGCAGAUGGUCUACUGGAGAAUUCCUAGUCGCGGCACAAAGAAAAAUAUUUAGUAAUAGGUAAACAAGAACUGAUUACUGAAGCUAAAUACAAACCUCCCAGGCGGAUGUCGUGCGUGCAGAGUUGGAGGCUAAUAAAGGGGUGCAGUUAGCUAUCAUACAGGAAGAAGCAAGAGAGGCUGCGGCAAAUUUGCGCGACGAGAAGGAGCGCCACGAGCAGGAGCUCGCAUCUGCGAAAAUGCAAGAAGUCUUAGAAAAACAGCAACAGGUAUUAUCAGUGAUAGUUGAAACUCAGCGUCAGCAUGCUUCUAGGCCAAGGCAAGCGCGACGCCCUGUAACGCUUGUUGUCUAGUAGCAUGGUUAAUACAUGCUGUGUGAAUAUUACCAGGAAAACGUCCUGGCAUCACCAGGUAGCGAUGGCGCAGGGAGUUCGCGCACUUCAGAAGCAGAGUCGAGCGGAGCGUCUACAACGAAUAGAGGAGGAGCGUACGAUUGAGAAAGAAGAGCGAUACGUUACCUGCCUCCGGGAUGUUGAGGCACUGAAUGCACAGAUUGCGGUACCUCUUUGCUUGUUCAUCUGUAUCUGAACAGUUAUUCAAUAAUUUCAAAAAUUGGGUGAUUUCUAGGACAGAGUAGAAGUAUCAUGUUCUCUGUGCUUCUAGAAUUAUUUAGUUGUUCAAAAAUCGUGAUCAACGUCAACCCAACAUUAAACGCAAUCGCAAGGCGGCAGAGAAAAUGGAACUGGAAGCACUAGAGCGUUUGCAGCACUCGCAGCAGCUCCGCGAUCAGGUGCUAAGUGAGUCGCGGCACAGUCCAGCCUGCUCUGCAGGUGUGGGAGCUGCGCCAUUGUCAGCGCGCAUUCAGUCGGCUCGCACUUCUAGAGGGAUUCCGUUUUUGCCGCAUUCGCGCACCUCUACACAGCAGACCACGACCAUCGGCUCUUCUAAGACCAGCAGCAGCGUUCCUGCGACACCACCAGUCCCGAGAGCAGUGCGAACGUCGUUGGUGGCUGUGAGGUCGUCUGGAAGCUCUCUCGCAGCAGGUGCUCAACCUGUUCGGACGCCUAGGCGCUCAUCGCUAGGCGAGAACGGAGCACCUGUCACGCCAAGAGGAGGCGAUAGACGCAGUGCACCUGUGUCGGCGACUGCGCUUUCUGCUUCGAGACGGAAAUUUAGUCGAACUACGCCGAGCUCGGCAGCAGCGUCGAAAUCCGUGACAGAUCCGGGAUUACGCACGCCGCGAGGGGGCGUCGCAACCGGGUCCGCAGGAGCAAGGCAAACGCGAGGAAGUGCUUCUGCGCGCCACAAUGGAGGUGGCAAGAGUGGAGUAUCCCAUCGUGGCUCGAAGAAUCUUGUAGGGGGGCGUUUUUCUUCAGGAACAGCAGCACAAUCUUCAUCUUCCGGCACCACAAAAUAUCGUCCUGCUUUGCGAGACAGCCACUCGCGCACAAUACCCGCCAUAAUUGCCGAAAACCAGCGGACGCAUGCCGCUUAUCUAGAGGCAAAACGGAGGAUCCUGCAACAGCAGUCUGCGGCAAACUCACCAAAUCGUACUUCACAAGACCAAGUUGCUGACACACGUGGAUCAACGGCUUCCGGAAUAGGUGGUAACGGAAACAAGAAACAGUACAUACAACGUGAAGGAAUGCAAACGAAGGAUGGAAUAAGUAUAGCGAUGUCACCCGAAUGCAGCACAGAAGCUUCUGCUCGUGCAGCAGGCUAUUCGACUUCAAAUAUGUCCUCCAAGAACACGACAGCGCCUGGUGGUUCUUUGACGUCCACGGCCGCUACAACUAGGAUCCAGAAUAUGAAUGGGAAAACAAGCGCAGGAUCUUCAGGAGCGUUUCGAAGGUCUAACGGACUGCCAAUCACUGGCAUGCGAACGAAUGGCUCGGGUGCUGACCAGAGAACUCGACGUGAGGGGAACAGUAUAUCAGCAGAAAAACUCGGGCCCGGGAUGAGUUUUUACACGGAGCGCUCAGAGCACGAAGACUCGAGGCAAGAGGUCCUAGCAUCAAACAGUAAAGGGAACACGGCCCUUGCGUAUUCAUCGGCGGAAGAGUACGCGUACUACACCCCACGCAACGGCGGUACCGUGGGAGCCGUAACUCAGACGUCAUCGAAGGGAGUCGCGUUCAAGUCGCUGUCCGAAGAUGAGGAUUGCGAGAAUAUCAAACUCACUCCAGCGAAUUCCCAUUCUGUUGGUGUCCCGUCGCACCAGAGCGGCACUCUUGCAGACGUAGUGAAAGCCUUCACGACUGGGCAGCCUAUAGGGCGAAGCCUCGUCAUCCGUGGACGCGAACAUGUGGUCAAGUCUUCUUCAGCGUCGUCCUCGCCAAAUAGUUACAAUCUAGCUCAAAACAAUCAGAAACUACUCUACAACAGUUACCUAAACAAGAUUGCCUCUUCGCCGCCCAGCGCAAAUGCAAGCGUUCAGCUCUCGGGGUCUCCGGGACAGGUUCAGGCGCAGAUGACUGCGAAUCACUUGAAACCCGUCAACCUCGUCCCCGUAGUGGCCGCGCAUCCACGUGUCAUCAAUAGUACCGUAAACUCUGCCAGUGUAUCUCCUUCAGGCUCCCCCCGGGGAGGAACCACGACUCCAACAGUUGUAACGAAACAACACGUUGUUGUUGGCACCAGCGGAGGAGCUAGUAGUCGUCAACAGCAAUUACAAGCCUCAGCUGGAGCGGCCGAAUCAACACCGUCGUACGUUUCUUCGACUUCCGGUUCAGGCACACAGCCCUCCUCAAUGACACACACAGAUUCGUCCUCUAGCAAUCCGCCACCGGGUACGCUGAAACUUAAGCCUAGUGCUAUGGGGGAAGGCGGUGUAGCUUCAGCCUCAUCGUCUCAGCAGCAGUCGUCGAGCAGCACUGGUGGUGGUGUUCCAAGGGUCGGAUCCGCUACAUCAACGUCAUCAAAUCAUGUUGCGCCUCGAUGGGACUCGUUGACUAUUCGUAACCCUACCAUUGCGCCCGCAUGGACGACGGGGGGCCUCGCAAUUUCCUCUCCUCGCGGUCUUCUUUCGCGUUCGCGUGCUUCGAACGAUUCUGUGCGGAGCGGUCAGCUGUCGCGUAACAACAGCAAUUCUGAGAACGAAUUUUCAGCCUCCAUCACUUUCGAUCUGAGCCGGCGGCCACGUUUGGGGACCAGCGCAACAACGCCGCACAGCGUCUCGUCGAACUCACCACGCUUUCGACCUGGCAUUAUGAAGCAACCCACAAAGGGUGAGCAAGAAGCUCAUGCGCAGCUUCAGGGUCACUGGAAGGCGAUGUCAGACAUGGGUAGCGCAGCUCAGUCUCGGCAGCCGUCUCUGCCUUCGUCCGUCGUAACAUCACCAGCAAUUCAUCAUGUUGUAACAGGAGGGGUGUUGACAUCGUCCACCACGUUGGGCGGGGGGACGGAUGCACCGCUGGAAGAAGAGCGCAAAGUCUUUGUCCCGCGUGAUGACCGGCGGGGACCAGUACACCUGCCGGACGUUCCGGAAGACUACCAGUUCGUCACUACAACAUCAGAUCAUAUGGCGCCGAUGUCUAGUGCAACUAGCAACUAUAUGCUUGAUAGCCAAGAAGUCGUAGACGAGAUGAAUCCUGCACUGCGCGCGCAAGCAGUUCUAGCACCUCUCCACAAAGAGGCCAGUCCACCGAGUGGGUCACAGGUAUUGACAACGUCGUCACCAAACAAACAAGAAUCUCUCGUAGACGACGCCACGUCUUCACAGAUGCAAUGCUCAACCUAUAGGGAUGACGAAAGCGACAUUCGCGCCGGAGAGGAAGCUGAUCGGCGUUUUGACGCACUUGGGCUCGGAGAUGCAGACUCUCAACUAGAUCUUUCAAUGUCGCCAUGAUGAAAACACGACGAGAAACCCUAGCACAGGGAGUAAGCGGAUCAUGGUGACGAUCGGUGACGGUGUCCGUGAUCGUGUCGAGCAACAAUAUGAUUUUAGUUUUUUUUCUCCUAAGACGAGUAAGGAUGGAAUAACGAUGCGCAUUCAUUGAGUAAGAAAUAAACGGAGUAAUUCAGAAGGCGUCACUCAGGGAAAUCUUGCUUAGGCAGAUCGCCGAGUAGAUUCACGUCGUCAAUUCAUGUUGGCCUGGGAUAGAAAUGGCGCGGAUUGCAUAAGUUCCUCGAUCGAUUGCCUGUCGCAUUUACUCGCCCAUAAGGCUUCACGUUAAUGAUCAUUCUCAUUGCUAGUCGUAUUGCAUAACAGUCAACAACAAGAACGUAUUAGAGACCAGUUCUACAUCACAAGAAAUCAGAGGACGACACACGGAGGCGCGUGCCUGAAGCAUGGCUUUCUUGACGUUAUAUGUGUACCAGGGAGGGAGGCCUCCCUCACUCGGCGCGAUCGCGGCCCAUGAACCUACCCCCACGUCACUCCUGUGGAUGGAGCGGCGGCGGCGUCUCCGCGCGCCCUUUUUUCCGCGGUGGUGACGUGUAAAGAUUUCCGGGGGCGAAGGCCUCAAAAGGCGGAGCCGGAGCCCUCUAGCGGCUCUCCGCGUGUACCCCACAGGCGUCCCGACUCUUGGACCUUAUCCGGGGACUGCCUCCAGGGGCAGAAGGCUGCCACGGUCGCGAGGCCUGGCCCGUUUGGCCCUCAUCCCCCCAAUUGAGCUUCAGGCCGCCACAGCUGCCACAACUCGGACGCAACUCGUCACAACUUCCACAGCUUGGAAGUAAUGAAGUCAAGCCUUUGCGUAGAUGUUUGGCUUUUCUAAGGUCAGCUAUCUUGCUGUGGUGUGGAUGGGCUUGCGUCAGCUAUCCACGCUGCGCGUUGGUCAGCUCUCUCGAGUGAGCUCGGGCCAGCUUUGCAGUUUGGGCAUUGGUCAGCUAUCUAGAGUGGGCUCAGGUCAGGAAUCGAGAGCAGGCAAACCAUCUCGGCCUCAAGUGGGUCGCCGUGUUUAGUCGAGUCGUCCGCGGUCUGCGGGCCACUCUGUAAGCCACUAGCUUGGUAGCGCGGGCGCGCUGGUGGUCGGCUGUAGUGGCUUACAAGAGGGGCCGGGUGUUUGACUGGAGGAAAUCGCUCAGGAUACCGCGGGAGCUCUGCGGGGUGUGCUCCUUGUCAGGGUGUGGCGAUGCGCUAGGGAUGGCUCAGCUUCUGGGCGGGGCUUGGCGUGACGCGCGCGGGGGUCUCUCGCUCGCUCUGUCUCGUAGUUUCGUAGUUGGCUAGCGCUGCUGCCAUGAUGGGGCCCAUCGAAUGGGAAGCAAGCGGGGGCACCAAGUCGAUGACCCACAGGAAAACCUGAGGUAUAGCUAGCGUCUCCGCGUAAGCUGGGCCACUCACUCUAGAUCAUGUGCACGCGCCACACCCUCACGCGCUUCGCUAAUAUCCCCACGCGCGUCACGCUCCUCAGCGCGAGCGUCACGCUGUUACGCGUCACGCUAAUAGUCCCUCGCGCGUCACGCUCCUCGCUCAGGUGGAUACGGCGCUCGCAGGGUUUCACGGCCCCCCCUCAAAAAUUUAGAUCGCGGGAGGUCGUUCAGCCCUGAGGCCUGGGAUAUAUGUAAUUACGUCGUCCAAAUAACAUUUCGCAACAUCAAGCUUUUCAUGGCGAUUUAUUUUUACAGUUUGAUUACUUGAAGGUCAACUUCAAGAUCGUUCUAGCAAACAUUCCAGAUCCAGCUUACAGCUUCCUCAAACUCGAUUGAAAUCUCAAUAUUCCAACAUCUUAAAAGUUAUCUUUUACUGCGUAUGAGUAUGCGUAGAUCAAAUAGACAAGGUAGAGUAAGCCUUUGCAUCUGAUAUUUCGAUAUACAUCGUCAUCGACAUCUUCGCAUGAAGGACGCGUCACAAUCUGAAACGGCGGAUGGGAGGUGCGUUUUGUAUAGGACUCGGGAGGCGAGAUUCCAUCCGGUCAACAUUCACAUCAUAAAUGCUACCACGGUCAAUCUUUUUAAUCUUCUAAAUACGUGGCAGCACACUGGUUAUGCACGAGGAUCCAUCUUAUUUAUAUUCAAUCCUUUCGAAGAUAUCACAAGCAGCACUAGCACAGCGAUUUUUCUUCACACAUAAUAUCGGACUUGCGAGCAGCAGAGAAAGGAACGAGUCAUAAUGUACAGAAUAAACGAGGACUCCUGCACAUCAUUGCUGUGCUUGUCCCUGGUCAUAAGAAGAGUUUUGGAUCAUCUCAUUGUCAUCUUGUUUGACCUCUAGUACUGAAAAAAGGAAAAUUCUUCCAGGUAAAUGUUGGCUAAUAAACUUGAAAACGAAUGCAAAUUUCCCUUCAUUUUUAUCAACAACAAGGAAAUAACAAGAAGAUGUUGUUUUCAGAAAUGCAAAUACAGUAAACGGUCUGCGUCGCGUAGAGCGACGCAGGAGGACCCCGCGUCUAU